GUGGGUGGCACUACAAUGGAAUACUACACCCACAAAAGAUAUGGCAUAAGUGUCUUCAGAUUCAGCUUGGGUGGAGCGAGGUCACGUGGUUUUUCCCUGCAAAGUACUCGUCGCACAAGAGGAACAAACACAAGGACGGUCUCCCAGGUGCCCUGCAAUAACCUACAUCAGCAUCGGCGUGUCAAGAUCAGGAUUGGAUCAACAUCAAGGCUCCGACGCACCAUGAGAUCCGCCGGUCUCUCCCUGCUCCUGGUCACCGCCUGCUGGGCGCUGCCCUUCCGUCAGUCCGGCUUCAUGGACUUCAUGAUGGAGGACGAGCCCGGCUCGGGCCACGAAGCGUUCCCGGGUCCCACGGUCCCCGACGUGGCGGGCCCCGUGGCGGGCCCCGCGGCCGGGCCCAUGUGUCCGUUCCGCUGCCAGUGCCACCUCCGGGUGACGCAGUGCUCCGACCUCGGUCUGACAGAGAUCCCCAAGGAGAUCCCAGCUGAGACCACGAUGCUGGACCUGCAGAACAACAAGAUCACAGAGAUCAAGGAGAACGACUUCAAGAACCUCAAGGGACUGCACGCCCUGAUCUUGUUGAACAACAAGCUGACCGUUAUCCACCCCAAGGCCUUCAGCUCCCUGCUGAAGCUCCAGCGGCUCUACCUCUCCAGGAACAUGCUCAAGGACGUGCCAGCCAACAUGCCCAAGAGUCUGCAGGAGCUCCGCAUCCACGAAAACGCCAUCACCAAGAUUAAGAAGUCCUCUUUCCAGGGCAUGGCCAAUCUCAUCGUCAUGGAGUUGGGGUCUAAUCCUUUGAAAACCGGCUCCAUUGAGAAUGGUGCCUUUGCUGACCUGAAAAGGGUCUCUUACAUUCGCAUUGCAGACACCGACAUCACAGAGAUCCCCAAAGGACUUCCCAGCUCUCUGUCAGAACUCCACCUGGACAGCAACAAGAUCAGCAAGGUGAUGGCCGACAGCCUUAAGGGUUUGAAGAGUCUGGCAAAGCUGGGUCUGGGCUACAACGAGAUCAGCAUGGUGGAGAAUGGCACCCUGGCCAACGUCCCCCACAUGAGGGAGCUGCACCUGGACAACAACGCCCUGACCGCUGUGCCCCCUGGCCUGCCCGAGCACAAGUACAUCCAGGUGGUGUAUCUCCAUGCCAACAAGAUCGCCGCCAUCGGCACGGAAGACUUCUGUCCACCCACCUUCAACUACAAGAAGGCCAUGUACUCCGGCAUCAGCCUGUUCAGCAACCCCGUCCCGUACUGGGAGGUGCAGCCCAUCACCUUCCGCUGCGUGUUCGACCGCUCCGCCAUCCAGCUCGGGAACUACAGGAAGAAGUAGAUAGAAACUAACGACACGGAAACGGCCCCUUCCACUCACACCCGUCACCCCUCCCUCCCUCCCUCCCUCCCUCCCUUCCACUUUCUCCCCCCCCCCCCCCCCUUCCCACGUCCAUCUAUCCUUCCCCUUUUGGUGGAAACGCGUGCUUGAGAAUCAUUGCGUUUUUGUUUUUUUCAGGAAUGCUUUUUCUAAGAGUGCCUG